AUGACAGUCCCACCCAUCCCGGUCCCAUCAACACCAGUUAAGAGUUCUACCUACCUCGAGGCAAUAAAGCACCGUCGCACUGUGUAUGGCGUUACCGACACCAUUGCGGUCUCUGACGAUCGCAUCAUCGAUAUUGUUAACGAAGUCAUCCAAACAAUGCCUUCGUCAUGGAAUAUGCAAAGCACUCGCAUUCUCGUCACACUCGGGAAGGAGCACAAGAGGUUCUGGGACGCCGUUAUCGCUGCUGCAAAGCCAUUUGUCCUAGAGAAUCAGGGUGAAGAGGGUUGGAAGCGCAACGAGAAUCGUUUCAAGUCAUUCCGGGAUGCCUACGGUACAAUCUCCAUCUUUGAAGAUCACACCGCUAUCGAGAAACUGCAUGACCGGUUCUCUAAGUUCCCCAUAACCGUCUUCGAGAAUUUCGCAGAGCACUCCAAUGCCAUGCACCAGAUUACAUUGUGGACUGCUCUUGAACUUGAAGGCCUUGGCGCUAGUCUUCAGCACUCACACUUCGUGCCUGGCGUCGAGGAUGCCAUUAGAUCUGAAUUCGACCUUCCAUCCACAUGGUCCGUGAAGGCAGAGAUUGUAUUUGGCGGCUUGUCAGGCGAAAGGCCGAUUGCACCUGAGAAAGAACCUAUUUCCACUACGGUGAAGGUCUUCAAAUGA